AUGGCUUCAGGAAUUGUGGUGAGCCUACAGGAGGAGGUGACCUGCCCCAUUUGCCUGGAGCUUCUGACAGAACCCCUGAGCCUUGACUGUGGCCACAGCUUCUGCCAACCCUGCAUCACUGCAAACAACAUGGUGUCCAUGAAUGACCCAGACGAGGACAGAAGGUGCCCUGUGUGCAGAAUUAGUUAUCAGCCUGGGAACUUGAGGCCUAAUAGGCAUGUGGCCAACAUAGUACAGAGGCUCAGAGAGGUCAAGCUGAGCCCAGAGGUGGAGCAAGAGAGAAAUCUCUGUCUGCGCCAUGGAGAGAAACUCAUGCUCUUCUGUGAGGAGGAUAGGGAAGUCAUUUGCUGGCUUUGUGAGCGGUCCCAGGAGCACCAUGGGCACCACACAUUCCUCAUGGAAGAGGUUGCCCAGGACUAUCAGAAGAAACUCCAGGAAGCUCUAGAGAGACUGAGGGAGAAGCAGCUGGAAGCUGAGGAGUUGGAAGUUAAAGUCCAAGCAGACAUUGCUGCCUGGAAGGAUCAAAUACAACGUGAGAGACAAAAUGUCAAGGCAGUGUUUCAAAAACUGAGAAAGAACCUUAAAUAUGAGGAGGUGAAGGAAAUGCAAAAACUGAAGCGUAAGGAGGAAGUUGGUCUACGUAACCUGGCAGACUCUGAGCAUGUGCUAAUCCAGCAGAGCCAGCUGGUGAGAAAUCUCAUGUCAGAUGUGGAACAUCGUCUGAAAGGGUCAACAAUGGAGAUGCUGCAGGAUGUGAACAACAUCAUGAAAAGGAGUGAAACCUUAACCCUGAAGAAGCCCAGAACUCUCCCCAAGGGACAGAGGAGAACGUGUUCAGCUCUUGAUCUGACAGACAUACAGCGAGUAUAUAACGGGCUGACAGAUGUGCAACGCUACUGGGUGUUACAAAUAAACCUACAUCAUAGCCCUAAACCAACCCUGUAAUUUUUCCACAGUUCACAUGUUCCUGAACCUUCUUGCUAGGACCUUGCCAUUUCUGAGGACCAGAAGCAGUUGAGAUAUCUGUGCAAUUUGGAACCAAAUAUAUAUAAGAAUGAUGAUUUUGGCAAUUAUGGUGUCCUGGGCUCCCCAGUCAUCACAUCACAGAAUAAUCACUGGGAGGAAGAUGUGUCAGAAAAAGCUGCCUGGAUCCUGGGUGUAUAUGGUGGCAAACAGCAUGGAUAUAAGUUGAAGUUUCUGUUUGAAAACAAGGGAAAUUGUCAAUAUGUUUAUUGGAGAUAUCAACCUAAAUAUAGCUACUGGAUUAGAGGGUUAAAAAAUAUGUUCAGUCCCUUGAUCAUAACCCUCUCCCUGAGUGUUCCUCCCCAUUGUAUUAGAGAUUUCCUAGACUAUAAUACUGAUGUUGUCUUAUUUGUCAAUAUCACAAAGCAAGGAAUUCUCAUCUAUAAACUCUCUUCAUGUUCCUUUACUCAGAAAAUGUUUCCAUAUUUCAAUUCUGGGCAAUGCAAUGCUCCCAUAACUCUGUGA